AUGUCUCGGAAGCGGGGCCGGAAGGGAGCGGGAGGGGGCCAGCGAUGGGAUGCUCUGCCUUGGAAGACUAUUGAGCCCCCUCUCGAGCGCGACGAUGGCUGGCAAGGCAUGGCGGGAGAAGAGCAGGCCCUGCUCUACACGCUGGAAGAGAUUUCGGGUAACGACUACUGCCUGCGCGAGGACUCUCUGGGAGGUUCUCAGGAGAGAUCGUUUUUGGCUAUCAUUUUAUGUCAGAUGGUGGUCGCGCCGACCACUCCGAGUGCCGAAGACAUGCCGCCCGCCGCGCAAGACUCUGCCGGCGGCGUCGGCGGCGGCGUCGGCAACGGGAAAGAGGGCGACGCCGGAGAUGCUGGCGGCAAGAAGGGCAGGAAGCGCAAGGCCCCCUCCGCUCUAGCAGCGGCGAGCGAGGGUGGCAGCAGCAGCAAAACGGAAGGCGGGACGGCUUCUUCUUGGACGAACGGAGGUGCCAAAGGAACGGAAAAAGAUGGGCAUGGCGCCGGCGGUGACGACGACGGCAAUGCAGCCGUCGAAGGAGGGGGAGCGGAGAAGACAACGGAGGAUGGCGACGGCGACGGUGAACCUGAGGCCUCCAAUAAAGGGCCGAAGAAGAAGAAGCGGAGGGGCCAGGGGAAGAAGAAGAGGGCCGCGGAAGCUCGCGCGGCGACCGCUGCUGCUGCUGCUGCUGUAGCGGCGGCGGGGUCAGCACCACCCCUGGGGGAUGGCGGCGGCAGCGCCAACGCAGCCGCGGUAGACGAUGCUGGUGGUCCUGGCGCCCCUCCGCCGCCGGCUGGCUUGGAGACGGUGGGGCGAAAGCAGCAGCAGCAGCAACAGCAGCAACACGCCGGAGAGCAGACGGCCGAAACCGCUGCCGCUGCCGCCGAGAAAGGAAAGACGAAGCCAGAAGCGACGACCAAAAAGAAAAAGAAAAAGAAGAAGAAGAAGAAAAAGAACGCGCGAGGAGAGGACAAGGGCGGGGAGGAGGCCGCCGAGGUAGGGCAGAAGAAGAGCGAGCGGGACUGGGAGCUUGGGUCGGAGGAGGCGGCGAAGAUGGCGCCCUGGAUGUACCUUGGGGUGGAGCUUCACCCCGCCCUGUUGUGGCAUCUUCAUCGACAGGGCUUCCAUGACCCCACCCCCAUCCAAAGACGAGUGCUGCCCAAGGCGGUGUUGGGGCGCAAGGACAUCAUCGGGGCGGCGGAGACAGGGUCGGGAAAGACCUUAGCCUUCGGGCUCCCGGUCCUCAGCGAGAUACUCACGCGGCGGGACGCCGCCGCCGCUGCUGCCAGGUUGGCCGAGGGGGAGGAAGCUGACCAGGGGGAGGGGGAAGAGGAGGAGGGGGAGGGUUUGCACGAAGGUCUGCAGGCGUUGGUGCUGUGCCCAACGAGGGAGCUGGCGCUUCAGGUGGCGGCGCACCUGAGGGAGGUCGUGCGGGACACGGGCGUCGCGGUGGUGGAGGCUGCCGCGGCGGGGCCUGCGGGGGCGGAGGGGGGCGCUGGGGCCGGGGCUGCAGAGCUGCCGGCGUUGCCCUCGACGCUCAAGUUGUGCAGCAUCAAGAGCCUUCAGAUGGAGAAGGACGUACACGCGUACCUCUUCUGCGCGAUGUACCCCGGCCGCACGCUGAUCUUCGUUAACGCGAUCGCCAUCGCCAGGAGGCUGUCGGCGCUGCUGUGCGCGCUGAGCGUGCCGGCGACCCCCCUGCACGCGCAGAUGCAGCAGCGCCAGAGACUCAAGAGCCUUGACCGUUUCACGUCGGACCCCAAGGCCGUGCUCGUUGCCACCGAUGUCGCAGCCCGAGGACUGGACAUCCCAAAGGUGGAGCACGUCGUGCACUACGACGCCGCUCGCUCGGCGGAGGUGUUCAUCCACAGGGCCGGGCGGACGGCCCGGGCGAGGGCCGCCGGCCUCUCCCUGUCGAUCGUGGCACCCAGGGACGACGCCAACCACCGGCAGACGUGCUCGGUCCUGGGUUUGCACGGCGGCAUGCAGGCGUUCCCGCUCGACGUGCGCAUGGUCGAGCGCGCCAGGGAACGCGUCGGGAUGGCGCUGAGGGUGCUCAAGUUCCAGGAGGCGCAGAACAGGGUGUCCGCCUCCAACGACUUUUUCCGGGGUCUGUCCAAGGAAGCCGACCUCGUCAUGGACGGAGAUCUCCUCAUGGAGGACGCGGGCGCCAAGCCGGACGCGGCGGCUCAAGGGCGAAGGGGAGUGAAGGGAUUGGGCAAGAAGGGAAACCAGCACGCGGCGAGACUGGCGGCUGGGGCUAGACAGGCGCUGGCGGUAUCGCUGUCGCGGCCUUUGCACAGCGACCGGCGGAAGCUGAUCCCGGUCGCGCAAGCCCUGACCGACAUGAGAGCGGUGUCUGAGCGGACGGCGGCGGGGGACCUUGCGGGGAAGCAGAGGACAAGGAGCGGAAAGCAAAAGCCAUGA